CAUAUCUAGAAGUCUAUAUGUAAUGUUUCCAGCCCCCAAAGACAAAUAAAUAUCAGAUUUAUAAAGAUACUGAUAAUAAAAGGCAAUAAUAAUGAAACCUUAAAAAAAAAUGAGGUAUUUGACUUACAUCAGAAUGAACUUACAACAGACUCGUAAGCUGGGGGAUACUUGUUAAUAAACAAAAUGUUGUGACUGUGCCUCACCCUAGUCUCUGCUUGUGAACAUGGGCAAGGUUCUUGUCCUCUGCAAGCCUCUUUCUUCAGAGGUAAAAAUGGGGAGAAAAAUUAGCUCUGCCUUACCUGCUCCCUAAUUCUGUGAGUCCACCAGCCAUGGUAAUAGAUGUUAAAAAAAUCUCCAGAGAACCAGUUGUCGUGGAGUCAGUUCUGACUCAUGAUGAUCUCACGUGUAUCAGAGUAGAAUUGUACCCAUAGGGUUUUCAACAGCUGGUUUUUCAGAAGUAGAUUACCAGUCGUUUCUUCCAAGGCAUCUCUGGGUGUACUCAAACCUCCAACCUUUCAGUGAGCAGCCUGAGCACAUUAACCUUUUUCACCACCCAGGGAUCUUAAUAGAUGUAAAUAAAACAAAACAAAGCCCGUUGCUGUCGAGUCAAUUCUGACUCAGCGACCCUAUCAUCGAGCCCUGUCUGGAUGCAAGGGAUUAUUGAUGUGAUUAUUUGGGUAGCACCAAGUAAUCCCUAGAUCCCACCCUUUGGCUGUCCGGACUCCAGCCAAUCUCCACUGCCGCAGCCACCUUACCGUUACAUAUGCAUGACUGGCCUCCCGGCUUCAUCCCUGCUCAGAGCACCAGCUGCAGGAGCAGGGGCACAGUCCUGCUCCUGAGAACUGGACAACAGAGCAGCUCUGCAGCUCCGGUCCAGACACCUCUGCUGGAAAAGAACUCCACCUGCUGACUUUCAGCCCCUGGCCUGCUGCUAGUGACCACAGGCAGCAGGUUGGCUCUCAUGAAAUCCUCAAAGGCAUCCCAGCGCUAUAGAAGCAUCCGGAGAAAUGCCAGCCAGCGCUACCUCUACCAGGAGUCCCUGUUGCUCAGCAACUUGGAUGACAGCUUUAAUGCCGACGAACCAGGGGACAGCAAUGAUCCGGAACAAAUCUUCCAGAAUAUACAGUUCCAGAAAGACCUCAUGGCAAACAUCCGAUGCAGACCCUGGCCCAUGGGACAGAAGCUGAGAGCCUUGCGACGAGCAAAGGAGAUUGUGCUGAAGUUUGAAGGGAGAUUGACCAGAACCCGAGGCUACCAAGCAGCAGGUGCAGAGCUCUGGCGGAAGUUUGCUCGUCUGGCCUGCAACUUUGUGGUCAUCUUCAUCCCCUGGGAAAUGAGGAUAAAGAAAAUCGAGAGUCAUUUUGGUUCUGGCGUUGCCUCCUACUUCAUAUUCUUGAGAUGGUUAUUUGGAAUUAACAUUGUGCUCACCAUAAUGACAGGCGCAUUCAUUGUCAUUCCAGAGCUGAUUGCAGGCCAGCCCUUUGGAAGCACGGCCAGCAAGGCCAUCCCCAAGGAGCACGUUGCAUCUGCCCAAGACCUGGACACCGUCUGGUCCCUGGGGGGCUACCUCCAGUACUCAGUCCUCUUCUACGGCUAUUACGGCAGAGAGAGGAGGAUCGGGAGAGCUGGCUAUCGACUUCCCUUGGCGUAUUUCUUGGUGGGGAUGGCAGUGUUUGCUUACAGCUUCAUCAUUCUUUUAAAAAAGAUGGCGAAGAACUCUCGUAUGAGCCUUGCCAGUGCUUCCAAUGAAAACUACACUUUCUGCUGGCGGGUGUUUUGUGCCUGGGAUUACCUCAUUGGAAACCCAGAGGCUGCAGAGAGCAAAACAGCUGCCAUCGUGAACAGCAUCAGGGAGGCUAUACUGGAAGAACAGGAAAAGAAGAAAAGCAAAAACCUGGUAGUGACCAUCUGCCUGAGGAUCAUUGCCAACAUCUUAGUGCUUCUCUCGCUCGCUGGGAGCAUCUAUCUCAUCUACUUCGUGGUGGACCGGUCCCAGAAGCUGGAGCAGUCUAAGAAGGAGCUGACGCUUUGGGAAAAGAAUGAGGUGAGUGUGGUGGUCUCCCUCGUCACCAUGUUAGCACCAUCAGCCUUUGACCUCAUCGCCUCCUUGGAGAUGUACCACCCACGAACCACGCUGCGCUUCCAAUUGGCAAGGGUCCUUGUGCUGUAUCUGGGAAAUCUCUACAGUUUGAUCAUCGCUCUCCUGGACAAAGUCAACAGCAUGAGUAUUGUGGAAGCUGCUGCCAAAAAUAACACAAAUCACUGGAUAGACUCUACUACCUUCUUUGCCACCAGGACCACCCCUGAAGAGGAGAAAUGGUCCACAGCUCAGCCUGGGAUAGGGCUCAGAAAAAACAGCACGUGGGCCUUGGAAGAGGCUGGUGCCCCAACUUUCAUCAUGCCCCUCACAGAGGCCAACAGAACUACUCUCCAUACCCAGAGUCCACCAGACCAGUGCUGGGAAACAUAUGUUGGGCAGGAGAUGCUGAAGCUGUCCAUCAUUGACAUGCUUUUCACUGUGGCCAGCAUUCUGCUCAUAGACUUCUUCCGAGGACUCUUCGUUCGCUAUUUAAGUGACUACUGGUGUUGGGACCUGGAAAGCACGUUUCCGGAAUAUGGGGAAUUCAAAAUAGCAGAGAACGUGCUACAUUUAGUCUACAACCAAGGAAUGAUUUGGAUGGGGGCCUUCUUCUCCCCAUGUCUUCCAGCAUUCAACGUUCUCAAACUGAUUGGACUCAUGUACCUGAGGAGCUGGGCUGUGCUGACCUGCAACGUUCCCCACCAGCAAGUAUUUCGAGCAUCCAGAUCCAAUAACUUCUACUUGUCGAUGCUGCUGUUUAUGCUAUUCCUGUGCAUGCUGCCGACCGUUUUUGCUAUUGUCCGGUACAAGCCAUCUCUGAACUGUGGGCCAUUCAGUGGACAAGAGAAAAUUUAUGACAUCGUGUCAGAAACGAUUAGGAAUGACUUUCCCGCGUGGUUCGGCACUGUGGUUGGGUACAUCAGCAGCCCUGUGGUCAUCCUGCCAGCUGUACUGCUGCUUUUCAUGCUGAUCUAUUACCUGCAGAGCAUCGCGAGGUCCUUAAAGCUCAGCAACCAUCAACUCAGAAUGCAGAUCCAAAACGCAAGUAUCCUGUCAGGUUUGCAAUUGUGUGUGUCAGCUGCCGGUCGGACAUCUCACCAGUGGGCCCUGCUGAUGAGCACUUCUGCCCUCCUCUGUGGCCACACCAAGCUCGAAGUCAUGAAACCCUUCCAACUAAAACAACUUGAAUGUGUCAUAUCCUUGGAGCUGGUCUUCUCACGAGUCCUCCCUCCACCCGCAGCCCGAAUCCAGACCCAGGAAGAAAGCAUCAAGAGGCUUCCAAAAGACAGUGAUAUCAUCAGUCACCUGUCCUCCACUCACUCAGCCACACCCCAGAAUAAUGGCAACGUGGUCAAUUUUGAUUCACCAAGCAGCAGGAGUGGCAGAAUAGAGACCGUCACCCAAUCCAUGCCUCAGAGUCCCAGGGCAGGGCACAGGAGCGUCAGCCCACCUCUUCCUGGCACCUCCAAAUCCAGGCAGGAGCAUGGUACUCACAGGUAUCCACAUGGCCCGAGUGCAAGCACAGGUGACAUUCACAAGAACAGACCCUGCACACCUGUAAUGCUUCAGAAGCACAUGGAAGAUAUUCACUCUGAGCCUCUUUUCCGAAAAGACUUUCAGCAAACCAACCUUUCUCUCCACAGACCAGGAACCUCGGCUUUGGUGGCUUAUGGUCAUCGACCCCGCACCCCCAGAUACUAUGUCGUUAAUGAACGUGACUCUCACAAAAAAUCCCAUCCAAACUUAUGGCCAGAGAGACAUUUCAAGAUAGAUGCUUCAGGUGACAUUGUGGAGAUGUACCCCAGAGACAUGCGACAGUAUGUGCCCCGGGCUCCCCACCAGGCUCGGUCUCCACAGCUGAGUGAAGAAGAGGAAGAAAUACUGAGGAGAGAUUUGAUCAAGCAGUCUCUGCACCCACGUUCCCUUACAGACCUCCACUGGGCCCCUCAUUUUUAUAUUGGUGAAAGGUCAGAAAGUCAGAGCCUAGCUCCUGAGGACCAGGGAAGGAGGCACUGCAAGUCUUGGAAUGAUGGUUUUGAGGGCCAACUGAACAGGCCAAUGUAUGUGCACAGAAAGCCACGCUCCCGGCAUGUCCAAUACCCACAGCACCCUCUGAAGCCCACAGUAAAGCCCAAGUUUGAACAAUCCCUCACAGAGUCUGAUUCCAUGUCAGUGGCAUCCAGUAGUGACCAGCAGAACAGCAGCACUGACCAGUACCUCCAGGUCAUCCAUAGCCAGCCCAAGACCCCGAGGUUUGUGGGCCAACUUGGCAGGAGGAAGGCCAAAUCUGGGCAGGAGCUGACCAUGGACCUGAAUGACCUGAUUUGUUCACAUGUCUAGGGGCUUCCUCUGGUGUCCCGUUCAUAGAGCCAGGCCACUAUUGGAGUGCUGGCUUUGGCCUGA